AUGCCGCUCCUUGGCCGCCAGCUCAUCCAGCCCAAAGCCCUGCCCCCGGCCAAAAUGACGAUGGACGGCGCGUUUCCGGUUUUCGAGCCGAAGAAGCCGUCGAAGAGCUUCAUCUCCAAGCUGUUGAAGUUCUGCCACAAGCAGAAUCUCGUCCGGGAAAAGGCGACCGCCUGCUCGCUGGAGGCAAAACGGGCCCGGGCCAGGAAACAGAGAACCUCGCUCUCUUCCACCAUCUCUCACAUCGAACCGAUGCCCACGAUUGUUGAAGAGGACGAAGACACGUUCAUUGCCGUCUGC